UCCAGAAUUCACUUGAACCCCGGUCACGUGAACGCCUAACAACCAAUCAGACCUCAUUUUGCAUUACAACAUUAGUGCGAGUGCAUAAACGUCAUUCGAAUAAGUGGAAGCUGUACUGGCUUGGUCGAAAACUGUGUCUGUGUUGUGUUUUUGUAAAUUGAUAAAACAAAACUGCCACAUUUAACGGCCUCCUAACCGACGAUGCCGGCGAGCCUCAGCGGCUCGUACCGCUCCUUGUCGGGCUCGAGCGACGUGUACCGCUCGACCACGGUUGCAGGUGGCGGCGGGAAUGCCGCCGCCGGGAUCAUCGAAGGCAUGAAGAAAGCUUUUAGUUUCAUGGCAGGGGGGACAUCCAAGGACCAAAAGCUGAUCGAGAGGGUCGCCGGAGGCGGCCCGGUCGUCAUCUCAUCCAGGACAGAAAGCUCGAAUAGUAACAGGAAAAUGCCCGCUUCCGGUGUUGCUGAAGAGGCGGCCCUUUUGGGUACGAUGCCAUCGGACAGUAUGGACGACAUCGAACUAAAAAACAUCCAAUUACAAUUCCCUUCGGCGCGUUCGUUGUCACGUGAUGAUUCUUCAGCUCAAGAGGAAAUUGUCGAGACUGAUCGUGGAAAUUUGGUGGUAGCGGUACAGGGAUCUAGGAAUAAGCCAGCCAUUCUAACCUAUCACGACUUGGGCCUCAAUUAUGUUUCUAGUUUCCAAGCCUUCUUUAAUUACAUUGACAUGAGGGCGUUAUUGGAGAACUUUUGCGUUUACCACGUCAACGCUCCAGGGCAGGAGGAGGGGGCUCCCACAUUACCCGAAGACUACAUUUACCCCACCAUGGACGAACUCGCUAACCAGCUGAGCUUCGUGCUCACCCACUUCGGUCUCAAGCAGUUCAUCGGCUUCGGAGUCGGCGCUGGAGCAAACAUUCUGGCCCGUUUCGCCCUAAACAACCCCAACCAAGUGACCGCCCUCUGCCUCAUCAACUGCGUCAGCACGCAGGCUGGCUGGAUCGAAUGGGGCUACCAGAAACUGAACGCGAGGCAUCUCCGGUCGAAGGGUAUGACACAAGGAGUCUUGGACUACCUGAUGUGGCACCACUUCGGCAGGAACACAGAAGAGAGGAAUCACGACCUGGUGCAAGUGUACAAAAGCUACUUCGAACGCAACGUCAACCCUACGAAUCUCGCUUUGUUCAUCGACAGUUACGUGCGUCGUACUGAUCUCAAUAUACAGAGGGAGCUCGAUCCUACGAAACGAAAAGAAUCUGCUACGUUGAAGAUGCCGGUGAUGAAUAUUACGGGGUCUUUGAGUCCACAUGUCGACGAUACGGUUACUUUUAAUGGACGCUUGGAUCCUACCAACUCGUCGUGGAUGAAGAUCUCAGACUGUGGAAUGGUUUUGGAGGAGCAACCCGGCAAAGUGAGCGAAGCUUUCAGAUUAUUUCUGCAAGGCGAAGGCUACGCCGUACAAGUGCGCCGACGGGCCAGUAGCAGCGUGUCAAUAGAAGUGGCUCCCCUAUCGCCUACAAAAAUGGCCCUUUUCCGCAAAACAUCGUUGGAGGAACUGCUCAAAUCGAAGUUGCCCAAUGGCGGCCAGUGGCCAACGAACGUCAUCCAUAUCACUGAAAACCCUAUAUCGGCCGUCGUCUGUUAAAAACAAACAUUUUAAAGAACCGCCGCCACUGCUCACACACAAUCACAUAUAAACACAUUCACACACGUAUUUUGACACUGUAUUGAAAUUUAUCAGGUGGAUUUGUCGAAGUGACAAGAUGGCGGACGCUUCGAGGAAUCUCCCUGGAUAUAUAGUAUCAAGCGGGACGCAUUAAGCAUGUGAUGUUCUCAAAAAUAAAGCGCUAAAGUAGGUUAGAUUAACGAAUUUUUUAAAGAGAUAUCUUUGUAACUGUUGUGUAGUUAGUAGGCCGGGGUUACAAGAUGGCGGCUGAAAAAAAGUAAUCAGAAUCGGCGAAAUCUCCAGGCACGCCACUGGGUUAAUAUCAAAAUGAGCUUAUGAGUUGGGCUGCUUUAGUGUGAAAACGGUCGGUGGAAAUGUCAUUUGAACCAUAGGCGUCGCGAUAAUUUUUUUCCUGUACAUAGAGGGUGUGUUGUGAUAAAUUUCAAUACAGAUACUUCGUUGGCCACUGCCCUUCAGAAGCACAUAUCCUAGUUAGUCUGAGUUGACCAGGCCCGGAUUGAGUUAUUUCGAGGCCUAUGGGCCACUUUUGAUCAUUGCAACGAAAUUUAAUCACGCCGUAUCGACAGCCUAGCGACUUGUUGACAAAAGUAAAAGAACUAGGUGCGCUUAACAUAGGACCUUGACAACAGUGUUUUUCUUGUAUGAUUUCUGUUGUGAUUAGUUGACAUUUAUUAAAUGAUAUUAAAUAAAUAGUUGUAGGUUGAGCUUUACUUGUUGAUAGAAAGCCUAAAUGAAGAUAAUAUUUAAUGAAUUUAACGAGAACCCCUCACGGAACAGUAUAGUUUUUAUUAUUUUUUAAGGUUAUGUAAAAUGAUUGAUCGGUGUCGUUGGAUGCUGUUCGGUUUUUAUAUUGUUGCGAUGUAGUUUUAUGUUUUGAAAUGUGAUGAAUAAUCGUAUUGUGCCUCACUUUGUUAAUGGUUUAAGUUAAGCACUAUUUAAUUUUAAUAAAAUGUUUAAAACGUU